UGAGGCUGAGAAUGGACGUACCUGUCGUCUUUUUGCUCUUCCACUUGGCUCACUCUCAGAUGAAAGCUCUGGCGGCCAGCAGAGUGGUCGUUUGCCCUUUGGGUCAGUUUCCAUGUGGAAACGUGAGCGAGUGCCUUCCGCAGGCGUUACAGUGUAACGGAUACAAAGACUGCCCCAAUGGAGCCGACGAGGUGCGCUGUGGCGACAACAUCGGAUGGGCGGACCUGUUUGGUCAGGCACUCCAAAACGUCGCCCCACUGGACCACAACUCGCUCAGGAAAGAGUGUUUCUUGCAGGAGUAUCCAGAGAGCUGUAAAUGCAUACGGACAGAUGUGGAGUGUGUCAGCGUCAACCUGCACGACGUUCCUCCACUCUCUCCAAACGUCACCUUUCUGUCACUGAGGAGCAACAAGAUUCGACGGUUGUCUGAUUUUACGUUCUCAGAAUACUCUGCGCUGGAGAGACUGUUUCUGCAGAACAACAGCCUUCAGUUCAUAUCUGUUCAUGCCUUCAGCGGCCUGCACAGCCUCAAGAGGCUGUUUCUCAGCGACAAUUUAAUAACAACCCUCAGCCCUGGUGUGUUUAGGGACCUGAAUCAGUUAGAAUGGCUGAUGUUGGAUCAUAAUCCACUCAGCAGUUUGUCUCAGAACACCUUUAUUGGACUCCAAUCGCUCAUGUACCUGUCCAUGGUUCACACGUCGCUGCAGCAGCUGCCUCAUCCCAGCCUUUGUGAACACAUGCCUUCCUUGGACUGGCUGGACCUUGAGGGAAACAAAAUUCAAACCCUGAACUACUCCAUCCUGAAGACGUGCAGCAAACUUGAAGUUCUAUUGCUGAUGGACAACCAGAUCAGGACGGUGCCCGAGAACACCUUUCAGUCUCUGUGGAAGUUGGCCGACCUCAAUCUGUCCAGCAACAGGAUCAAGGAACUGCCAAAAAAUGCCUUGAGGAGCCUCUCGAAAUCCCUGCUUAAACUAAAUAUCUCCAACAAUCCCCUUUUCCGUAUUCAUCCAAAUCACUUCCACCACCUGACUCAUCUUCAGUCUCUGGCGCUUGAGGGGAUUGAGAUUCCAGACAUACAAACAAAGAUGUUUCUGCCCAUGAAGAACCUCUCCCACAUCUACUUCAAGAAGUUCCAGUAUUGUUCCUACGCCCCUCACGUCAGGUCCUGCAAGCCCAACACCGACGGCAUCUCGUCCUUCGAGGACCUGCUGGCUAACAUCGUCCUGCGUGUGUCGGUGUGGGUCAUGGCCUUCAUUACCUGCUUCGGCAACCUCUUCGUUAUCGGCAUGAGGUCUCUGAUACGAGCCGAGAACAACCUUCACGCCGCCUGCAUCAAAAUCCUCUGCUGUGCGGACUGCCUCAUGGGAGUGUACUUGUUUUUCGUGGGAGUGUUCGAUGUGAAAUUUCGAGGUCAAUACAAUCGCAAUGCGCUGCUGUGGAUGGAGAGCGUGGAGUGUCGCACCAUUGGAUUUUUAGCCAUGCUCUCCUCUGAGGUAUCUGUUCUCCUACUGACUUACUUAACUCUGGAGAAGUUUCUGGUCAUCGUCUUCCCCUUCAGUAAUCUGCGGCCUGGCAAACUGCAGACGGGGGUGGUGCUAACUUCUGUCUGGCUGCUGGGGUUCAUUAUUGCGAUUGUACCUCUAAUGAAUGAGGAGGUCUUUGGGAACUACUAUGGACGUAAUGGAGUCUGCUUUCCCCUGCACUCUGACAGGCAAGAAAAACCGACAGCCAAAGGAUACACCACAGGGAUUUUUCUGGGUCUGAACCUGGUGGCCUUCCUGGUGAUCGUCCUCUGCUACUCCAGCAUGUUCUACUCCAUUUACAAAACCGGCAUUAAUGCCACAGACCUGCGGAGCAGGCUGCACAGAGACGUGGCUGUGGCCAACAGGUUUUUCUUCAUAGUGUUCUCUGAUGCCCUCUGCUGGAUCCCCAUAUUCCUGGUUAAAAUCCUCUCACUGCUGGAAGUGGAGAUCCCCUGUACGAUAUCCAGCUGGGUUGUCAUCUUCAUCCUUCCCAUCAACAGUGCCUUGAACCCCAUCCUGUACACCCUGACCACCAGCUUCUUCAGGGAACAGGUGGAGGUUCUACUCUGCCGCUGGCAAAGGAGACACACCUUGAAAAAAGACGGCAAGAGCCUCACUUCCUCCACAGUCUUCAUGGAGACGUCGCGGGCGGCUUGCUACCAGCCGCCGGCCUACCUCCAGCGGACGUCGCUGAUCAGUGCGGACCCUCGCUACGCCUGAGAAACUGCUUUUCAAAACAGAAAUUAUGUACAUUGUGUACAUAAUGAAUCAGCCAUGGUCCUAAUUCUUGUUGCUUUCUUUGCUCUCAUCGUGGAGACUGCAUGAACAUGUCGGAAUGAGACAAGUAGAAAAAAAAGGCAACA